AUGGAGGAGGAGGAGGGCGAGAGCCGCGACUGGACCGGGAUGCAGUCAGACGCGCUCUCCACCAUAUUCGGGAAGCUGGACGCGGCCGACCUCCUCACGGGAGCCGGGCAGGUAUGCCACGCGUGGCGCCGUCUCGCCGACGGCGACACCACGCUGUGGCGUCGCGUCGAGAUGACCCACGAUGUAGACAUCCUGGAGGCCGGGGCCAUGGCCUGCGCCGCCGUCGACCGCGCCGCUGGCACCAUGGAGGCCUUCUCAGCCGACACCUUCGUCACUGAUCUCCUCCUCCGCUACAUCUCCGACAGAGCAUUCUCAUUGAAGAGCCUUCAGCUCAGCUUUUGUGAUAAAGUAUCUGAUAAAGGGUUGGCUGAGGCAAUUAAUCGCCUUCCUCAGCUUGAAGAAUUGGAUAUUUCGUUCUGCUCAUUGUAUGGCAAUUUUUGCGAGUUAGUUGACAAAAACCGCUCACAACUGAAAUGCUUUAGGCUAAAUGAAUGCUGGGCUGAUUUUCAUAAGCGGUUUGAUGCAGCCUAUGAGCGCAUGGAGAUUGACCCAGAAGCGUCAUGGAUUGCUAACAGUAUGCCUCGUCUCCAAGUCCUUCAGUUGAUUGGUAGCGAAGUAACUAAUGAUGGACUGAUGGCAAUCCUUGACCAUUGCCCUCACCUUGAAUCACUUGACAUACGUAUGUGCUACAACCUCCAAAUUGAUGAUGCUAUGAAAUCAAAGUGUGCUAGAAUUAGAAACCUUAAGCUUCCUCAUGAUCCCAUCUCUGAUUUCAAGUACUGGGCCUACGUUGACAGUGAGGAUUACAGUGAAGAUUACUCUGGUUCUGAUUUUGAGGUUGAUAUGCACGAUGAUUUGCUGGAUGUGGUCAUGGAUGAUGAUGCUGAUGAUGCUGAUGGUGAAUUCAAUUAUGUGGAUGAUUAUGAUGAUGUUGGCUCAGAAUCUGCCAUGUAUGAUGAUGUCGAUGACAUCUAA